AUGGAAGAGUACGACCGCGAGGCGCCGCUAUUCGACAGGCGCUUCCACGUGCUGGUGCAGUACCCAGACCGCGACGAGAAGCUGCUGCCACUCACCAUCCGUCUGCUCACUGGCGUGCGCCAAAAUAAUGCCAAGAACCAGAAGGAACGCGUGAUGCGCGUGGAAAUCACAGACGACGACGGCGCAGAUCCGUAUUUUCUGUACUUGUGGAGCGUCUCAGAGGAGGAAUUCCACGAACUCAAGGCGCAACAGAAGCUUCUCGUGGACUUUGCCACCUUCCCAGCCAACCUCAUUGAGCUGCUACAAUGCUGUCUUAAAGACAGCAAGGCAAUUGUACAAGAGGACGCAGAAAAGGAGCAAAAAAGAAGCUCUAUUGACGCUCAACACAGCCGAUCUGCUGGACCUAUACCUUUAAGCUAUUUGGCGGUGCUGAACACGUCGGAUAGCGACGGGAUGUCGGUGUUUAGCAUUGUGGAGACGAAUCCAUUCAAGCAGUUGACGCAUCUGUCGUUGAGGUUUUAUCCUGGCGACGACGCAGCUAUCAAGGCGUAUCUCGCAGCGAGAUUAGCGCAGGUGGGGGCGAGUAGACGGUCGUUGGCGACCUCAUUGAAGCAGACGACCGAGGAGCUGCAGGGUACGCAGAAGAGUGAGGCCAAGCUACAGCAACAAUUGGCAGCUUUGGGAUAUGAAGCCGAGUCGACGCUGUCUCAAGAGAAAAUGAAGUUUGCGGACGAGUUAGAGACGCAACGUAGAGCUGCGACGUCUGCGUUAAAGCAGCGAGAAGACGAACUGAACGCCAAGAUUGACGUAUUGGUGGAGCGAUACGAGAAGGAGAAGACUGCGGAAGCUAGCGAAGCGCAGGUGCAGGAACUGAGCAGACAGAAAUACCAACACGAACUGCAGAUCGAGCACUUGCGAGCGCAGUCUCAAGAUCUCAGUCAGGGCUCAAGUGCGCUCUCAGGAGAAGUGGGCGAGCUGCGAUCGCAGAACAAAGAACUGGACCAAAAAGUUUUCUUACAGGAGAAACAGAUUAACGCUCUGCAAGUCCGUGCGGAUGCGCUACAGCAGCAACUUGCGGACAAGGAGGAAGUGGUCAAGAAGACGACGGAUCUCUUACAGGCCGCUAAAGUGCACAGCGAGGAAGUCGACGAGUCGCUGAAAAUGUACCGAGACAACCACGCGAGGCUGCAACAGAAGCUCGAGUUGAGUAUCUCGGAGAUCAACAAGGGAAAUGAGAUUAUUGAACGGAUACAGAACGAAAACCGAACGUUGAAGGCCAAGAUGCGGAUGAAAGUCAAGAUUAUUAAACAGCAAGAACAUUUUGUCGAGGAGAAGCAACUUCAACGUGAGGAAGCGCUGUUAGAGUUAAAGUCGACCAAGGAAGAUAUUCGGAAGCGGGAUGAGCAUAUUUUACAGCUGAAGGACACGAUAAAGGAACUGAGUCAGAAACUGGAAGACAGCAACAAACUCUUGGCAUCCAACCAACAAGUGAUCACAUGGCUGAACAAAGAGAUCAACGAAGCACAACUUGGACGUCAACGGAGGUCGACUGCACACCCCUCUGUACUGGCAUUUCGUCCGUCUGACAAGGUUAGUGUUGUGUCGUAA